AUGAGCGCCACGAUCAACCAUUUCAUCGGUGGCGAGAUCGUCGCCGGCACGAGUGGACGCAGCAGCGCCGUGUUCAACCCGGCAACCGGCGAAGAAAGUCAGCGCGUCGCCCUGGCCUCCGCGGCGGAGGUCGACGCCGCCGUUCAGACCGCGAAGGACGCCUUCCCCGGCUGGGCCGGCACGACGCCGCUCAAUCGCGCACGGGUGAUGUUCAAGUUCAAGGAACUGCUGGAGGCGAACCGCGACAAGCUGGCAACUCUGAUCGGCCGGGAACACGGCAAGGUCUUGGCCGACGCGGCCGGCGAAGUGACUCGCGGCAUCGAAGUGGUGGAGUUCGCCUGCGGCAUACCACAGCUCCUGAAGGGCGAGUUCACCGAGAGCGUCGGGACCGGCGUCGACAGCUAUUCGCUGCGCCAGCCGCUGGGCGUGGUCGCUGGCAUCACACCCUUCAACUUCCCCGCCAUGGUGCCGAUGUGGAUGUUCCCGGUCGCGCUGGCCUGCGGCAACUGCUUCCUGCUCAAGCCGAGCGAGCGCGAUCCCUCCGCACCGCUGCUGAUGGCCGACCUGCUGAUGGAGGCCGGGCUGCCCAAGGGCGUCUUCAACGUCGUCAACGGCGACAAGGAGGCGGUCGAUGCCAUUCUGCGGCACCCGGACAUCGAAGCGGUCAGCUUCGUCGGUUCCACCGCCAUCGCCGAGUACGUCUACCACCAGGGAACGGCGCACAAUAAGCGGGUACAGGCCCUGGGCGGCGCCAAGAAUCACAUGAUCGUGCUGCCGGACGCCGACAUGGACCAGGCGACCGACGCCCUGAUGGGGGCGGCCUACGGUUCGGCGGGCGAGCGUUGCAUGGCGGUCUCGGUCGCGGUCGCCGUCGGCGACGCCGGCGAUGCCCUGAUGGAACGCCUGGCCCCCAAGGUGCGCAGUCUCAAGAUCGGCCCCUACAGCGAUCCCGAAGCCGAGAUGGGGCCACUCGUCACCAGCCAGGCCCUGGAGCGGGUCACCGGCUACGUGGACUCGGGCGUGGAAGAGGGCGCGAAGCUGGCGGUCGACGGUCGCGGACUGCAGCUGCAAGGAUACGAGAAGGGUUACUUCCUGGGCGGUUGCCUGUUCGACCAGGUCGAGCCGGAGAUGAAGAUCUACAAGGAAGAGAUCUUCGGGCCGGUGCUCUCGGUGGUGCGGCGACCGGACUACGAGUCGGCGCUGGAACUGGUGAACGGCCAUGAGUACGGCAACGGCGCGGCCAUCUUCACCCGCGACGGCGAUGCCGCGCGCAACUUUACCAGCCGCUGCAAGAUCGGCAUGGUCGGAGUCAACGUGCCGAUCCCGGUUCCCAUGGCCUUUCAUUCCUUCGGCGGCUGGAAGCGGUCUCUGUUCGGCGACCAUCACAUGCACGGGCCGGAGGGCGUGCGCUUCUACACGCGCAUGAAGACGGUCACUUCACGCUGGCCGACCGGCCUUCGCAGCGGCGCGGAGUUCGUGAUGCCGACGAUGAAAUAG